AUGAAAAACGCGGCGAUCGAAGAAGAAACUGGGUGGAACGGAGGCGAAGAAGCGAGUGGAAUAGUGUGGAGUGGAGUGGAGUACUGUACCGGAAAUUGUCGGACACCGGAUGCACCCGGUUUCGCCAUAUCCCGCCGGAAACUCGGCAACGCGUGUUCCAGUCGGUCCACACCGACGCCGAGGCCGGCAACGCCGUCAGCAACGCCGAUCCGCCCCAACGUCACAUUCCAGACUUACGCUUGUCCGCCGGCCUACGCCGCCUGGUAUUGCCUCAACGGCGCCACGUGUUUCACCGUCAAGAUCGGCGAGUCCCUGCUCUACAACUGCGAGUGCGCCGACGGGUACAUGGGCCAGCGUUGCGAGUACAAGGACCUGGACGGGACUUAUCUGCGUGAGUGUUUCUUCUUCUUCUUCUUCUUGUUGUUUUUUCUUGAUGAUGAUGAUGAUGAUGAUGCCUGGCGUGACCGACCAAUGAGAGCGACGAGGGAGAAAGUGACGCUGGAGACGGCAAGCAUCGCUGGCGGGGCGACGGUCGCCGUCAUCUUCGUCGUCAUCGUCUGCUUCCUCUGCUGGAUCUACUUGAAUCGGAAGGGGAGUGAGAAGAAGCAAGUCGGUGCCUCGUCGUCGUCGUCGUCGUCGUCGUGUCACAGACGGAUCGGCAUCGGCAUGGGCAUGCGAGGCGGCGUGGACGAGGUUGACGCGCUCGAGUCGGGCGAGGACGCGUCGUUCCAACCGUUCGCCAGAUACGGACUGCCGCGACACAAGUCCACCUUUCACCUCAUCCCUGGCACCUUCAAGUAUUCCAUGCACCCGAGCCACCAGGAGAUGCAGAACGGACAAGAGGACGCUGGGCCCGGGCUGCACCGACUCCGACCGCAACCCCAACCCCAACCCCAACCUCAAGCCGACAAGAAACGAGUGCGGGGCGAGUCAUCCACGUUGCCGUCUUGAACUUGGCCAUGCGUCGGCCACGAGCCGCCGUUCCUGGAACCAUUUCUGCUGUGUGUCUGUCAUUCGUUCGUCGUUGGUCCUUUCACUCACUCACUCACUCACUCACUGACUCACUCGCGAGGAGGAGAAGAAGAAGAAGAAGAAGGAGGAGA